AUGGGAAAAUCAAAAGGAGAGAAUGGUCCACUGAUUCAAAGUGAUGGAUCAGGAUCUGGAUCAGGGUCAGGUUAUGGUUCAAAUGAUCCAUAUAGCUUUAUGUACCCAGGUAAGGGUAUGGUAUCGUCUUUGUCAUUGGAAGAUGGUGGCGCAAACAGCAUGCACAACGUGCUUUCCCACUCAUAUCGCAGUGAAGCUGGCUCGAUCAAUGGUGGUGGCGAAGAUGAGGAGAGUCCCCUGUUUGGCACUCGAGACGAGAACAUCGACAUUCAAGGACCACUGCCCGAGGUCAGCAAGAUCGAUGGUACUCACGAGCACAAGAUUGGUGAGCUGUUAGCAACAGCCAUCUGUGGAAAUGAUAUCACAUCGAGUAUAUUCUAUACAUCGAGUCUUUGUACGGCAGCAGCUGGAAUGUAUGCACCAUUCUCAUUGCUGAUAGUAUGCUUUGUGCUGUACUUGUUUAGAAAGGUCUAUGGAGAGGUGGGUAGCGCCCUGCCGCUCAAUGGAGGAGCUUACAAUGUGCUCCUCAACACAACCUCCAAACACGUGGCGUCACUGGCAGCCGCACUCACAAUGAUCUCGUACGUGGCGACGGCCGUCGUCAGCGCCUUCACCGCCAUGAAGUACUUCGAGGGCAUGGUGCCCAGCAUCUCGGACAAACCAUCGACCGUCGUUCUGCUGGCGGCAUUCGCCGCGCUCAACCUCAUCGGUAUUGGCGAGUCGGCCAUCGUGGCCUUUAUCAUCUUUGUCUUCCACAUGAUCACACUGCUCAUGCUGGUGUUUGGCGGCUUUGGCGUGUUCUUCUACCGCCACGACUGGACCAUCCUCGUCAACAACUUCCAUGGCUUCACCCCGGCCAACCUGAUGCCCGGCGUCAGCGAGGACAGCUGUCUGCCCGGCUCGUUCGAGUGGAACAACCACAACUUUGCCUACGACAUCUUCUUUGGCUUUGGCGCCGCCAUGCUCGGAGUCACAGGUUUCGAGACGUCGUCCAACUUCAUCGAGCAGCAAGAGGUCGGCGUCUUCCCCAAGACCCUCAGGAACAUGUGGGCCAUCGUCUCGUUCUUCAACCCGCUGAUUGGCCUGCUGAACCUGUGCUUCCUUUACAUCUGCCAGAUCGCGAGCAGCACCAACGGAGGUGUGUUGGCCACGGUAGCCAAGCAAGCGAUGGGCGAGUGGUUUGGCGUUUGGAUCUCCAUUGACGCGUGUCUCGUGCUGUCUGGCUCGGUGAUCACCAGUUAUGUCGGCAUCAUUGGUCUGGUGCGUCGCAUGGCUCUCGAUCGCUGUCUGCCACAGUUCCUGCUCAAGGAGAACCCAUGGCGUCGUACCAAUCACUUUAUCAUCAUCCUCUUCUUCCUCGUCUGCACCUCCCUCUUUGUUCUAUCCGGCUUUGACACCACCGUUCUCGCAGGAGUCUACACAAUUGCAUUCCUUGGUGUAAUGAGUUUGUUUGCCAUCGGUAACAUGUUGUUGAAGUACAAGAGAUCAAGUUUGAGAAGAGAGAUUAGAUCACCAUGGUUGGGAGUCAUCUUUGCCUUGUGCUUCGUGCUCACAGCGUUGGUGGCCAACAUUAUCAAUGAUCCAUCGACUGUUGCAUACUUUGCCGUGUACUUCAUUGUCACUGCAUUGAUCAUUAUGACGAUGUUUGUCAGGACUAGACUGCUCAAGAUGCUGCUGUACUUCUCCCAGAUCAUUUUGGCCAAGUUCAAGAAGCCCAGAGACAGAUUCUCCAGAUGGAUUGGCGAGAUGAUCAACAGCAUCAACUCACAGUCGAUCGUGUUCUUUGCCUCGAAGCAGGACCCGGCCUACCUGAACAAGGCCAUCCUCUACAUCAGAGACAACGAGCAGACCAACUGGGUGCGCAUUGUUCAUUGUUACGACAGCGAGAAUCCACCAACAGAGUUGACGGCCAACGUGGCCUUCCUGGACAGGAUGUAUCCAAAGAUCAGGAUCGACUUGAUCACCGUCAAAUCAUCGUUCAAUCCACAGGUGGUCGAGAAGCUGUCCACCAUGCUCGAUGUCCAGAAGAACUUUAUGUUCAUCGCCUGUCCCAAGAAGCAUUUGCCACACAGCAUGGGAGACUUUGGAGGAGUUCGCAUGGUUACCAUGUAUUAA